UCGAAUCCUUAGGAAUUUCACUAACUGAUUUAUGCAAAGUGUUGAUCCUGUUGUGAUGAUUAAUUGAUACGGGUAAUAUGUGUAUGCUCUAUUAUGGGAACUUUGUGAUUUUAAUGCAUGCAUAGUUUCAAUACGUGGUCUAGAAUCUAGAUCUGUUUCGCUUGGCAAAUAGAGCUGAUUCGAUUCGUUGGUGUAAAGAUUCAAAGUCUUUAUGAACAAAUCGUACAAUGAAUUGAUUUUGACCACUGCUACUAUUUUCGUAGCUUAUUUGUUGUGGACUUCAUUGUUGAUAAUGAUGCUAAUGGUGAUAUAGCUGGAAAUGUGGCCGUGGACAUUGCUAGGGCUAGAGAUGAAAACGAAGUCGUUGAAAAUUCUGUUGAAGGAGAAUUUGAACAGUAUGAUCAUAAAAUGGAUAAAGAGUCUUUGGCUAUAGAUAUGAUCCCAGAUGCAGUUCCAGCUAUGUCAAUGGUUGCUGCAGAUGAGCCAUACAUAGGACAGGAGUUUGAUUCAGAAGCAUCUGCACAUGCAUUUUACAAUGCUUAUGCCACACGCAUAGGAUUCAUCAUCCGUGUAAGCAAACUUUCUCGAUCAAGACGUGAUGGAUCUGCUAUUGGCCGAGCGCUUGUUUGCAAUAAAGAGGGCUUCAGAAUGCCUGACAAGCGUGAAAAGAUUGUAAGACAAAGGGCAGAAACAAGGGUUGGUUGCAGGGCAAUGAUUUUGGUGAGAAAAGUAAGUUCUGGAAAAUGGGUGGUUACAAAGUUUGUGAAGGAGCAUACUCAUUCCUUGACACCUGGAAAAGCUCGAAGGGAUUGCAUUUAUGAUCAAUACCCGAAUGAACACGAUAAGAUUAGGGAAUUAUCACAGCAGCUGGCCAUGGAGAAAAAGAGAGCUGCGACCUAUAAAAGGCACCUGGAAUUGAUUUUUGAGCAGAUUGAGGAACAUAACGAGAGUCUAUCAAAGAAGAUCCAACAUAUAGUACACAGUGUGAGGGGCAUGGAAAACAAACCACAGCAGAGUCAGACAUAGUUUCAGCAUUAUUUGUUCCAGAGCACACAGUUCAUAAUGGUAUACAGAAUGCUGCUGGUUGUAUAGCAUACUCUUCCUCUUGGCUUAGAUACCAGAUGCUGACCUUGUUCUAGCGUUUAGUUUUAGGUGUCUAGUUAGUUUAUUAAAACCUUGUGAAGAUGUUUGGUUCAGUUGACAUUCAUUUGAAUACAUUGUAUAACUGUGCUCCUCUUUCUGGAGCACACGGUGAGCAGGAGAAAUAGAGAGUUCCUGUACAGUUCUUCUGGUCCAUGUUUGUCAGAGGAUUAGCCGAAAGAUAAACGUCCAGUUCAUAGAGAGCAUAGGCGUCGCCAUGGGAAGCUGAAAAUAAUACCCUGUUUCCAUUUUUUUUGGAAGCCCAUUUGAGUCGAGUUCUGUGUAUAGCAUAUGGAUGGUUUUUGGUUUUGCUAUUUAUAGUUGUUGAAUAUCAUUGUCUUUAAAAAUCCAUUGUAUUGUGGGUUCAUAAUUUUCUUCAUGGUC